GAGCUCCGGGAACUCGCCCGCGCCACAGCGAGGCCUGCACAGUCGCGGCUUUGCCCUCUCUGAACCCGAGCCUCAUGUGGCAGCACCCCGCGUGUUUGCCCCAUCCGACUCUUUCCCUUCCUGGGGCGCCGCCAGUGAACGCUGCCCAUGCCCGUAGGUCGAGCACGGAGCUGCGCAAGGAGAAGUCCCGGGAUGCGGCCCGCAGCCGGCGCAGCCAGGAGACCGAGGUGCUGUACCAGCUGGCGCACACGCUGCCCUUCGCGCGCGGGGUCAGCGCCCACCUGGACAAGGCCUCCAUCAUGCGCCUCACCAUCAGCUACCUGCGCCUGCACCGCCUCUGCGCCGCAGUGAAGGAAAGCAGAGGGAGGCUAGCCAGCGUGGGCUUACGGCUGACUAUAGAUGCCCCAUCCAUCCUGGCCCGGACACCAGGGGAGUGGAACCAGGUGGGAGCAGGGGGCGAACCACUGGAUGCCUGCUACCUGAAGGCCCUGGAGGGCUUCGUUAUGGUGCUCACCACCGAGGGAGACAUGGCUUACCUGUCAGAGAAUGUCAGCAAACACCUGGGCCUCAGUCAGCUUGAGCUGAUUGGACACAGUAUCUUUGAUUUUAUCCAUCCCUGUGACCAAGAGGAGCUUCAGGAUGCCCUGACCCCCCAGCAGAGCCUGUCCAAAAAGAAGCCGGAGGCCCCCACCGAGCGGUGCUUCUCCGUGCGCAUGAAGAGCACCCUCACCAGCCGCGGGCGCACCCUCAACCUCAAGGCGGCCACCUGGAAGGUACUGCACUGCUCUGGACACAUGAGGGCCUACCAGCCCCCCGCACAGACGUCCCCGGCCGGGAGCCCCAACCUGGAGCCCCCCCUGCAAUGCCUGGUGCUAAUCUGUGAAGCCAUCCCUCACCCUGGCAGCCUGGAGCCCCCGCUGGGUCGAGGGGCCUUCCUCAGCCGCCACAGUCUGGACAUGAAGUUCACCUACUGUGAUGAGAGGAUCGCGGAGGUUGCCGGCUACAGCCCCGAUGACCUGAUUGGCUGUUCUGCCUACGAGUACAUCCACGCGCUGGACUCGGAUGCAGUUGGCCAGAGCAUCCAUACCUUGCUGAGCAAGGGCCAGGCAGUAACGGGGCAGUACCGCUUCCUGGCCCGGAGUGGUGGCUACCUGUGGACCCAGACCCAGGCCACAGUGGUGUCGGGGGGCCGGGGCCCCCAAUCUGAGAGUAUCGUCUGCGUCCAUUUCCUGAUCAGCCGGGUGGAAGAGACCGAAGUGGUGCUGUCCCUGGAGCAAACGGAGCGACACUCUCGCAGACACAUUCAGCGGGGCACCCCCUCUCAGAAGGAUGCCCCUAAUCCUGGGGACAGCCUUGCAGACACCUCUGGCCCCCGGAUCCUGGCCUUCCUGCACCCCCCUGCCUUGAGUGAGGCCGCCCUGGCCGCUGACCCCCGUCGUUUCUGUAGCCCUGACCUCCGUCGCCUCCUGGCGCCCAUCCUGGACGGGACUUCAGUAGCUGCCACCCCCAGCGCACCCCCGGCCCCACGACGCCCCCAAAGUCCUCUUCCGGCUGAUCUCCCAGAUGAACUACUUGUGGACGUGGAGAAUGCACACAAACUCUUUGCCUCUGGGAAAGACCUUGAGACAGUGGAGACAGAUCUAGAUAUAGCUCAGGACGUCGAUGCUCUGGAUUUGGAGAUGCUGGCUCCCUACAUCUCCAUGGAUGAUGACUUCCAGCUCAACUCCAGCGAGCAGCUACCCAGGGCCUACCACAGACCUCCAGGGGCUGUCCCCCGCCCCCGAGCUCGGAGUUUCCAUGGCAUGUCGCCCCCAACCCCUGAGCCCUCCCUGCUGCCCCGCUGGGGGAGUGACCCCCGGCUGAGCUGCUCCAGCCCUUCCAGAGGGGACCCCUCAGCAUCCUCCCCCAUGGCUGGGGCUCGGAAGAGGGCCCUGGCCCAGAGCUCAGAGGACGAGGCAGAGGGGGUGGAGCUGCUGGGAGUGAGACCCCCCAAACGGUCCCCCAGCCCAGAACCCGAAAACUUCCUGCUGCCUCCCCUCAGCCUGAGUUUCCUUCUGACAGGAGGACCAGCCCCAGGGAGCCAGCAUGAUCCCAGCACCCACCUCCUGGAACUGAAUGAGCCCCUGGGCCUGGGGCCCUCCCUGCUCUCUCUCUACCCGGAUGAGGACACCGCUCAGCCCAGGAGCCACUUUCAGCCAACGGCAGGCUUGGCCCAGGCUAACUGAGCCAGGCCCCCUUGACAUCUCCCUUCUCCCCCCCAAGAAAGGACGUCAACCAUACUCCAAGCCGGCAGCCAACGCACAGGAGGGAGGUGCUGGGAGAGGGGUUCCCUCUCUCCUCUCAGCGACCCCCACCUCAGGCCUACCUCAGCCCCCACCCCUCUACCACCCCCCACUGUCUGGGGGCGCCCUGGGGGGGUGAUCUCAGCUCAGUGACCUCCAGGAGGGGGUCCCUGGCCCCCUCCUGCUUCUCUCAGGACUUCCCUUGGGGUUCUCCAUACCGGUUACCUCAUCCUUUUCUCCAACUCUCUUGGCUUUAUUUUCAGUAAUUAGGGUUGGAGGAAGUUGAGGUUCAGAUCUGCCUUUCUGGGCUUGGGGGAGUAUUGAUCACCAUAAUCACAUUGCUUUCUACCCAUCUUUCUUUCAUUCUUAUUUUUAUUUUUGUUGUUUUCAUGAUAUGUUUUUAAUUGCUGCGAAUUGCUUGGGGUCCGUAAGAAUGUGGGACUCUGAUCUUCCCCCCUCAACGCAGGUGUCAGUGGGGAAGGGAGGCCUCUGGGCCAGACCUUACCCCCCGCGACUUGAUUGAGCCCUUAGCCUCUCAAGCGGCGACCCAGCUCUGCCCACCCCUCCACUCCAGACUUCUGCUGGUUCCAGCCUGACCUGGGCACCAACUCCAUUGGUCAGCUUCCUGUCCCAGGCGUAGCCUCCAACCUCUGCUUCCAGACCAUACAACCUCCAACCCUUUCUGGUUCUAGACCACACAGCUUUUGACCUUCUCUGGUUCUAGACUGCACAACCCCCAACAUGGUCUGGUUUAGACUUGCAUCCUCCAUAUUGCUGUGAUUCCAGAUCUCACAGUCUUCAGCUCUUUCUCGUUCUGGACCUCACCGUCUCCAACUCUGUUUACCUUUCUACUUCGUAGUCUCCAAAGUUGUUUGGUUCUAAGCCUCACAACCUCCAACUCCCUCAGGCCUAGGACCACCAGAGUCCUCUGGUGCUAGAACUCACUCUGUGCCUUCCUCUGGUUCUAGAGCUCUCCCCACAGAUCUCCUUUGUCCUCAAUUGGGACAUCCUCCCACUCCUGCGAUUCCAGCUCUUACAACUGAAGAUUUCCUCUGAGUUUGGACCCCACAACCCCAAGCUUUGAGUUGGUUCUAGUCUUCCUGAUCUGUAAUGCAUUUCGUUCCAAAUCUAGACUUUGUAACGCGUCCAUCAGUUUGAUUCAUGAUGCCAGCUCAUUCCUUUUCAACUCUAUACUUGAGACUUGCUUUUCCCAUCAAAGCAAAUGAGAAGUAAAAUGAGUUUCAUGUCUUGACCUUCUAAGCAGUACUUUCAGAACCAGCCACAAUGUUCCAGUUCUCUUUUGCUCUGCACCUCAUCAUCUCUACCAUUUACUGGUUCUGGACUAUACAGCUUUACACUUGGCCAUUUCCAGGGCCAUCUGAUUCCAGAUCUGAUGAUCUCCCUUUCUUCUGGUUCUAGUAAUUGGCUUCAAAUGUCUUCUGAUUCCAGACCUUGUCCUAUAAAUUUCCUUGGUUCUAGACCUCACAAUCUCCAAUUCCCCCUCAUUCCACAUCUUAUGACUCCAAUUAUCCUGCAUCUAGGACUCUACCUCCAAUCUUCUGAUUAUAGACCUUGCCUUAUACAUUUUUCUGGUUCUAGACCUUACAGCUUUAAACUCCUGAUUCCAAACCUUACAACUCCCAAAUCCCUCUGGUCCUAGAACUUGGUCUUCAGACUUUUUCAAAUUCUAGUCCUUACUCUAUAUCUCUGGUUCUAGACCUCACAGCAUCCAAGUGCCUCUGAUUUCAGAUCCAAAUUCUUCUGGCUCUAGAAUUCCACCUCCAAAGGCUUCUGAUUUUAGAAUCCGUACCUUGCCCUGUAGAUUCCUCUGGUUCUGAAUCUUAAGACCUCCGACUCCCUGAUUCCAGACCCCACCCUCCUAACUCUAUUCUGGGCUUCCCACCCAACUCAACUUGCUCCAAUUACUACUCUCUGUCUUCAGUCUUCCCCAUUCCAGAUCCUUGCCCUCCAGGUCCUUGAGCUAAUGGACUUCAUGCUCAAGCCUCUCCAUUCUCAAUCUCACAUCCCUAAAAGUUCUCUGUCCUAGAACCCCCUCCACUCUCCACCCCAGCCCUCCAGAUAUGUACUUACUUUUACUUAACCCCAGGUAUCUGGGGAACCUGGGGGCUUCCUCACAAUCCAGGAGACUUCCCCAGCCGCAUAGGCGCGUGCACAGCCCUACCUGCAUAUCACAGGGUGGGGAGAGAGGCCAGGACUCCUCAGUACUCGGCCACCACCUAUGUGUCCCCAUCCCCCACCCCCCAACCUUCUUUCUAUGAUGGUGCUAUUCUUGAUCCCACAGAAAAAGGCCUCCCUCUCUCAACCCAAUUCACCCCCUUUUUGGAAGGCACUUCUCACUGUUUUGUCAAAGGAUGGCCUGUCCAGAUCGGUGCUAUGAGGGGGAGGGUCUGACCCCUCCCUCCCUCCGGGGGUGACCUAGGCCCUCAGUUGAGGGAACUGUGCUGGGCUGGGGGAGGGGAAGGGACUGGACCAGCCAUGCUGGCUCUGAAACCCACUAAUCUCUAAACCCCCAUAAAGAUCUCGCCUUGGUAGGCACCAGAGCUCAGUGUGUUGACUCAUCUGUGGGGUGGCUUUGGGGCGUGUGGGUGCACUGGGUGACUGGGUGCCCACGUCACUUUGUGAUUCUGUGUGUGACACUGUGUUCCUCUGUAGGUCUACGUAACACUGUGUGUCUGCUGAUGUCUUCAUUCUGUGUGGGUCGCUGUGACAUAAUUCUGUGAACCUGUGUAUGGGGAGGUUGUAAUUCCUCCUGCAUGUGUUAGUAUCUGGGUGAAAUGAUUCAGCCUUAUGUGCGUUUCUCAUUACUUUGGUUUUGUGUUCCUGAGUGUAGGAGGCAUUGCAAUUUUUUCUUUUUUUUUUGCACCUGUGUGUUGUCUGCGUGGUGGUGUGAUUCUGGAUGCACGUAUGGGACUGUCUGACAGUAUAAUUCUGUGUCCCGAUGUCUGUGUGUGACAUGAUUCUCUGUACUUGAGUGUGUGUGUAUGCGCACACGUUUGAAAGACAUUGUGUGUCUACAGACUCAUGUGUGGAUGGGUAUGCCUGUUCUGUCAUGUCAUCCUCAUAAUCCCUCUCCUAUGUUCCACAAGGUAAUCUUUUCAAAGGAAGGAAACUACUUUUAGGAAUUCCCUGGCGGUCAGUGGUUAGGACUCAGCACUUACUUUAACUGCCGUUGUCCGGGUUCAAUCCCUGGUUGGGGAACUAAAACCCCACAAGCCACAUGGUGUGGCAAAAAUUAAUAAAUAAAUAAAAAUUUAAAAAAGAAAAAAGAAAAGAAAACCACCUUUAAACCUUGGCACUUGCUGUUCCCUGUGCCUUAAAUGCCUUUCUUCCUUCUCCCCUCUCCUCACUUGGUUAUCUCCUACUCAUAUGUUACAUCUUGGUUCGGACAUCCCCUCCUCCAAGAAGUCUUCCCUGCCUACCCUAGCUGGGUUAAGGUCCUCCCACAACCUCCUGAGAGCUGCCUCCUCCUUCCCCAUCAGCUCUAGGUACUCUGUCCCACUUUGAGUAGUUAUAAUGGAGUGGAUAUAAAAAGUACUUACACUGUGUUAGGCGCUCUGUCACAUAUAUAAUCUUAUCAAUCUCUCCUCUAAUCCUAUACACUAGGCAGUUAUUGGCCCCAUUUUGCAGAGGAUGAAACUGGUUCAAAGAGGAUGAUCACUUGCCCAAGGUCACACAGCAGGGAAGGGUUGAGCUGGACUUGAAUCCAGGAUUCAGAUCUAUUAUGGUAUUCUUCCCACACACACCAAAAAAAAAAAAAAAUCUCAAAAAUCUAACCCACGGGGUAGGCUCUGGAGCAUACAGAGACAGUAGAGUAGGAAUUAAGAGCACAGGAAUUAGGUGGGACAGGUUCAAGUUCUGGCUCUGCCACUUUCUUAUUGUAUGACCUUGGGCAAGUACACUGACCUCUCAGUGUCCUUAUCUGUAAAAUGGAGAUGAUACUAGUAUUUACCUUCUCCGGUGAUUGUUGUACGUGGUAUGGUCAGAUUCCCAGGACAAGAAGUUUUGGGGGUGGGAUAGCUCGCACUGUCCCCAAGAAGGAAGCCAGGGCAGAGCCUUAAAGGAUUUAGUGCUACAGUUCGGCACUGAGUAGCGGCUGUGGGCUUGGGAAGGAUAGUCUGGAAGGGUGAACUGUGAAUGGGAAUUGGGUAUGGAAGUGGCAUCUGGAGAUGCUAGACUAUUCGGGGUCUCCUAGGUCAUCAGAACAAGUUUGGGUUUUCUUCUAAGGGCACUGGGGAGCCAUGGAAGGCUGGUGAGUGGGGGGGUGAGGAAGGA